CGCAGAUCCCCGAAACGGAGACGGCGCCGUACUACAGCUCGUCCACGCUGCCACGGGACAGCCUGACACGGCGGAUGGACGUGCCGCCCGACAUGCCACUGCCUCCGCCGUCGCAGUCCACGCUGGAGCGCCUCUCGCGCCACCCCGGCCACCGGCACUCGCUCAUCGCCGCCUCCAAGAUGGCCGCCGGGGGCGGUGGCGGGAUGGUGGCCCGCCAGCACAGCUUCAACCACCAGGGCGGGCGCCCGCUCAUGCUCGCGCGGAUCAACUCUGCUGGGAGCAGCAGCGGCAUCGGCGGCGGCAGUGGCGGCGGCUGCGAGGUGCGCCACCCACUCAUCCCCGGGAGCUACCUGAUGCGCCAGCACAGCUACAGCGAGCAGCCCGAGUGCCACCGUGGCGUCAACGUGCGCCGGACGGCGUCGCUCAAGCCCGACGUGCCCCCCAAGCCACUCUUCAUCCCCGCCACCUCGCCCGUCAACCAGCAGGGCAAGUUCAACUACUGAGGUCAACCACGACAGCUUGUUUUACCACCAACAACAAAAACAGGACUGCACACACAUAUCUGUGUAAUCCCAUGACUGGAAAUGAAAAUUAAAAAGAAAAGAAGAAUAUUCAAACGAGCAUUGAGAUUUGAACUGGCAGUCGGGGAUGCUGCCUCUACACUUGAGCGUGACCCACUGUCCUCUAUGUCCAUUGAAUAUAUUUGUACCAUAUUGGUAUUGCUCAGCUAUUCGCUUCUAGAUGGUGGAAAACUGGGGAUAGCAUCUGCCAGAAGAUCACCUUGUUUUUUAGGCUGCCACUGUCUUCAUUGUGGCUUUAAAUGCAACUCUGAACAGUAAGGGCUGGCAUCACCACGGAAACUGCUGGACACAAGCGGCUUUGGGCAUAUUGUGAUGCUGCUCAUCUUUUUGCUUUUGCUCAGCUAUUCUGUUGGACGUAGAGGUGAUGAUCAGUGAUUGUUUCUUAUAAUAACGUGUAUAUAUAUAUGCAUGUGUGUGUGUGUGUGUGUAUAUAUGUGUGUUCAUAUCUACACAGUAUAUAUGUAUACAAUACACAGAUCAAACACAGUAUCAUGUCUAUACUGUGGGUUACAGCUUCUCAAAAGAAACACUUUAUUUGCCUUAUUUUGAGAACAAAAUAAACUGUUACAUUUUUACAACCCCCCUCCCCUAGUAACCCUAGUAUAUUGCACCAUCUAAAAAAAAAGACCACGCAAGAGAUUUAUAAGCAAUAACCAUACCACAAACUCCCUUGAAAUGGCAUGAAAUUAAGUCUAAGCGUUUAAUUACGCAAAGCUUCAUCAUUUUGAGGAUAUUUGUAUUGCAUUCUCAAUUUCUAGUAACAUUUGGGCAGUGACCAAAAAAGGUAGGCAUGGGAAGACCACUAAUGUUCUUCUGUGGCCAUAUAUGCAGUAUUAAAACUACCCCGGACUAACGUGUGUUUGGUAUGUGUGUAUGUCCAAGCAGAAGCUUUGCAAAAACAGGUAUAUCAGCAAACAAUUCAGAGAUCAUACAUACAUUCACAACAAAUAUUACUCCCUUGGGUUUAAUUUAGUGAAGACUGCAUCACUUGCAAUUAACUUUGUAGUCAUUGGUUGUAAAUAUAGGAAUAAUAACUAGCCGAAUAUUAAUUGUUUAAUUGUGUAAAUUGUGCCUUAUUUAAUAUGGUAUGUGCUCUGGGAAAGGGUGGGGGUGACGAAUGAAAGUGAAGAUGCUACAGUUUGUGUUUUAUCUUUUUUAUUUUUCAAUUUCAAUGUCAGUAUACUGUAUGCCACAUGUACCAUAGGUUUAUAUUUCUAUCUAGGCCUUUUUGAUAUCCCCUGAACUGUGUGAAUAGGUUUAACAACUACCAGCUUAAGACUGCAGGUUCUAUUUUAAUCUAUUUGGCUCCACUCCUGUGCUUUUCCUUCUCAUUGAGUGGGUUGUUGAUGCCUUCGCACGCAUUCACAUUGCGUUCACCAGAUCUCAAAUCUGCCGGUUUAGUUGAAACACAUAUUUUACAGUAGUGCAGUAGAGCACACAAAGAGCACCAGUAGUGUAGUGGAGCAUUCGCUUCAGAGAGUAGUGUUUGUGUUUGUACUUUUCUUCUAUUUUAUUCCACUGCUCUUAGACAACAGCUGAGACUAUUGAUAGGGGAACCAAUGCUGAUCAAGGUGUUUCAUUACAUCUUGUGUUCCAACACUGCCUGCAGUGGAACUCAAUGUGAUACUUGCUCUGCAUCUCUCUUUCUUUCUUUCUCUCUCCCCCCCUGUCUAUUUUUCUUUUCUCUCUCUCUCAAUCUUUCUCUCUUAGACAUACACACUUUCUCGGUUCUCUGCUCUUAAGAAUACCUAUUGAUGUGGUGCUCCACUAUUGCACUUUCAGACCAAUUUCUGAGUAUUGCUCUUAACUGUACUCUUGACUAAAAUGUUCUCAAGAUUAUCAUACAAAUGUGAAACAAAAUGGUGUAUUUGUAACUGCCUGGAUUACUGCAGUUCGUCUGCACUUGAAUUCACCACAAGCUGACUUCUCAUUCAUAUAUACUCAUCAGGCUUGUAGAUGGCCAGUCAUAACACAUGUGCAUUCAAAGUAAAAUAAAAAUUAUAAUAUUUGGGAAAACAAUGGUUAAAGAAAUAUAUUGAGAACAAAAGAAACACCUAUUACUGACAAUAGUCAUGUCAGUAUGACCUUACACCAAGAAGAGGACUGUGUUUAGUUGUUGAGAUAAAGAGUAGCUUAUUGGAACAGAAAUAGGGGUUAAUGAAGGAAAGGGAAUAGUCUUUGUCAAUUUUAAUUGCUAUAAACAUUGAGGUUUCUUGUUAUUGCACAGUGUAAAUAAAAAUAAUGUCAUUUGGAGCUUU